AUGAAGGCUUUACAAGCACCACCAACUAUUUCCUUCGAUGAGUUCAACGGGGAUGUCUUUCCUAAAGAUAAGGAACUACCCUAUAACGUGAACGCUGGUCAUGGGGGCGCUGCAGCUAUCCUGCUCCACACCCACCAACGUCAGUCCACCGCCCAAAGUCAGCUCAGUAUGGUUCAAUCCGGUUACAACUCGAAUUCGUUUAAAACAAAGUUGAUUUCGACAUCAGGGGUAGGUAUACCUGCAGCCAAGGAUAAUGGAGGCUCUGCAGCCUCUAUCUCGAGUGAUCUUCAAACGAAUCACGACGGGGAUCUGAUCAUGAAGAUGAGAGAUGGUAGACAUAAUGUGACUAUGUUUUCCAAUCAGGCAAUCUUCACCCAUGGAGGGCGCUUUCCGCAAAGGGAAUCAUCUCCAGAAGGUAUCCUUGUGAUAAGUCUCCAGGAGCUCGGAUUUACUUCCAUCGCGGAUGCAAACGAGGAUACGGCGUCUUUCUUGAUUGGAUGUAGUACAUCCAGAUCUGACGAGAACACACCUGUCGCUUGCUGCUAUCAGGUAGACAUUCGAAGGAGUGGGAAUGACUGGAAGUUGGACGCUGUUCCUGGUGGAAAAUGUGGGUCCAAUGAGAUGAAAAACAAUUGGAAAUUUGAAAUAAACCAAGUUGGUGGUGUAAAGAUCGAAGGCCCUCCAGAUAGUCACUUCGUGUUUUUCUGCAACCGAAACUACUCUGGGGAUGCAAACGAUGGCUCGCCUUGUGGAAAGGUGUUUUUCGCUCAAACAUACAACGGUGAGCACGCCACGACUCUUGUACCCAAGAUCCGCACGCACUACGGCCGAGCAAUGUUCUUACUCUGCUCCAGGUCGAAUCCUGAGACUAACCUUGUCACGUCGGUGUUGUACUUCGUGGCACCGAUGAUGAACAAGGUGGGUGUGUAUACCAUCGCGAAAAGCACAGAUGAACCCUCACUGGCAUCUCCAAGGGCAAAUGCAUCACUGUGGUUGGUGAGUAAGAAGAUUGGAAAGUUGGUGGUGAGACUGAAACCAGACCUUACCGGUCCCUGUCGGUACGCAUUCAUCUCAAAUGCACCAGAAGACCUUGAUGGCCUCGACAAGAGAUGUCUUCAGAGCGAUUGCAUCGUGACCGGCGCUGAUGCUCCGUUCCUAGGUCAUCUUUCAGUCGAUGAGGGUUUCCUGAACAUCUGGAUGGACAGACGGGUCGAAAUCAAAGUCGAGUCGGGCGCCGAUGCUGUCGAAGUCGUGCAGGAAUCUGAGUUGGAGGAAAAGUCAGGACGGUUCAUCUUCGAGAAAGACGUUUCAAGGGAAAUCAAGGCUGGAAAAGGUGUAAAGGUCUUCAGGGCGAGCGUUGCCUUAAAAAACAAAGAGAGAAAAGGUGUGUCAGUGGAAUUGGCGGGUUCGCCAUGUCGAAUCAGGACGCAGAAACCAGGUGUACACUUCGCCAUCAACUUCGGGGGCCCAUCCUACGAGAACGAAGAUGGAGUCGUGUUUGAUGACGGACGAUCUGCGUUAGCUUCUAUCUGCUCAGAUACUGAUGGGUGUUACUACGGCUGCCACAUUGAUCCACUGAGGAACUAUCACCAAGUGGUCGGAAACACAGGAGAUGGACUGUUGCACACCACGUUCAUUGGGAAUCGACCAAGCCAGACUGAUUCUGUAGCGUUCAAGAUCCCAGUACCCGAAGGGAGGUUUAUCGUAACACUGUUCACGAUGUCUUCGGGUUUGAAUGACGUCACAGCUCUAGUAAACGGAGAGGAUGUGUCAACUCAGAUUCAGGAGCAAUUACGUCGUCAGGUCGAUUCGAUCCCGGGAUGCACUGCGAAGAAAGUAUCAAUUCCCGUAACUGCAUCUGGCAAUAGUCUGGAUAUCUCCAUAAAGCGUGGUGGUGGUGUUCAACUCUCUGGUCUCCUCGUCCAAGACGAAGAUUCAAAUGGAACCCAUCCCCGUAAGGACCAGCUAGAAUUAUCUGCGGACCAAAAGCAAGAGAUUGGUGAUGAUCUUGCCCCUCUCGGUCGUCACAUUGCCGGAUACGACCUCAAAAACCUCGCAUGGUCGGGAGAUAUCCUUAGGAUGAAUAGGGAAAGGGUACUGGAACAAGAUUCAACUCAAUGGCAAUCACUGUACGGCGGGGAUGGAGUUGAGGAAAGGCUGGUGUCGGUUGGUGAGAAGGGUGUAAAGGAAUAUCACUUGACCCUUGAAGAUUUCUUCGAUGGGGGUAGUCUGGACAAAGCUCCGCCUGUUCAGUUCUCAAUAUCGCUACGGUCACCAGCCCUCUCUGGGGCCACAUACAACAUUACGUUUACACUCGAGGGAUCGGACGGCUCUGUGGUGCAAGAGAAAUGUACGAGCGGAACACUGGACAGGUCGGAUAGUUGGUCAAAAGUCAAACUGACCGUGGAAGGAUACACAGCUGGUGUAAGGAAUGUGAAGAUCAAGAUCGAAGUGACAGGUCAAGGGGUAGAGAUCUCUGCUGCAUCUUUGCGGCUGAAGUGUCGCCGACCACAUAAGACUGGUCUCAAGGAUACAUUGUGUGAUGUCAAGAUCGUCAGAGACACCAAGAUCUUGGCCAGCCUGAUACGCAACGUGGUUCGGAAGUACGGACUUUCAACUUCGACUGAUCGCUCGGAAAGUGAAAGCUCAGUUCCAAUAGGAGAACCUCCAAAGCUGCUCCCCGCCACAUCAAAGUCCGAUGAUGCCAAACCAAAUGACGGCGUCACCGCUGAUCACGACGGCACCAAGGACCUAGCCCGAACGAACCCGAGGAAGAAGCGGGAGAUCAGAGUCUUCGUCUCCAGCACCUUCCUCGAUUUUGCUGCCGAGAGGGAGAUCCUCAUCAAGAAGGUGUUCAACGAACUGAAGAAGAUGUGCCUUGAUCGAGGGGUGUUCUUUAGCUAUGUGGACCUUCGGUGGGGCAUCACGAAUGAUCAGAGCAACGAUGGCCAGACCAUCUCUAUAUGUCUCAGAGAGAUCGACCGUUGUCGUCCCUACUUUCUUUGUCUUCUUGGUGAUCGUUUCGGCUGGAGUCAAAAGGAAGGUGAGGUCGAUGAACUCCUCAACAAAUCCUACGACUACGCCAUCGAGAACUUCAGUCAUCUGAAGUGGAUCGAGGAGUACAGAUUUGAUAGCAGUGUGACACAGCUCGAGGUCCUUCAUUCUGCUCUUCGAGAUAGGGAGAAUGCAUCGGAUAAGACGUUCUUCUAUUUCAGACAAGCAAAGACAAAAGAGGAGCUUCUGAAGGAGAAAAGUCAUGAGCCUGAAUGGAAGAUUGAUCAGCAGAAAAGAUUCCGCCAAACUUUGGAGGAAUCGGGUCUGCCAGUCCGCCAUUACGCUUUAGCUGAUGAAGGCACAGACUUCAUUCGAAAGGAUUUGGAGCGAUGUAUCAACCAGGAGUUCCCACUAGAAUCAAAACUCACUCCACUCCAGCAAGAACGCGAAGCUCACUUGUCCUUUGCUGAAGUCCGCCGAAGAGUAUACAUCGGGCGGGCUGAGUACUUCACGAGAAUCAACGACUACUUUGCCGGGGAUCCGAAGUUACCGCUUACGGUUCUUGGUGAAUCUGGAAGCGGGAAAUCGGCGCUUGUCGCCAACUGGUGUGGCCGAUUUGAGGAUGAGCACCCGAAUGAUUUUAUGUUCAUGCAUUUCAUUGGUAGCUCUGCAGACAGUGCUUCGCAUCUUAGAUUACUAAGAAGACUGUUUGAAGAGUUAAAGCAGCAUUUCAACCUUGAACUGGGUAUCCCAACAUCUGACAAAUCUCUCGCCCAAGACCUACCCAAGUGGUUAGCUCUUGCGGGGAGUUACGGGCGGCGAGUCCUCAUUGUUCUUGAUGCUUUGAAUCAACUGGAUUCCGGGGCAGGUGGAGAAGGUGAUGAACUUGAGUUGAAAUGGCUGCCUCGUGAGCUCCCGCCAAACGUUCAAAUGCUUCUUUCUACAUUGCCCGGAAAGGCUUUGGAUGCCGUGAAGGCAUUUAACUGGCCAGUCUUCCACGUUCAGCCAUUAGACCAGGCAGAGAAAGGGGAGAUAAUACGAUGCUACAUGGAGCUCUAUUCUAAGAGUCUGAAUGCUGAACAAACAGAUAUGAUUGUUAACGCUAAGCAAACAUCUAACGCUCUCUACCUUAGAGCCUUGCUAGAUGAGGUUCGUGUGUAUGGAUCAUUCUACGAGCUCACGGCAGCCAUCAAGACCUACUUAGAAGCUCAGGAUCCUGGACAACUAUUUGUCAAGGUCUUAGAACGACUGGAGUCCGAUUUCGAACGCGGAGAACACGGAAGACCUAACCUGGUUCGUGACACAACUUGCGCUAUCUGGUGCAGUAGCAGGGGAAUGAGUGAACAGGAACUUAUAUCAUUUCUGCAGGUUCCAUCCCGUGUUUGGUCGCCAUUCUACCUCUCCCUCGAAGAAAACCUCGUCAAUCGGAACGGCAUCGUCAACUUCUUUCACGAUCAUCUACGCCAGGCCGUAGAGCGCAAGUACGUCUCGAUCCCGGCAGAUAAGAGGCGAGGCUUCCUCAAACUAGCCGAGUUCUUUGAGAAACAGGACAUCAACGAAAGAUAUGUGGAGGAGUUACCAACCUUGCUGAUGGAGGUGAGUGACCUCUCAAGACUCAAGGCGGUGGUAAUGAUCCCCAAGGCCUUCCAACUUCUCAUGAAGACAUCAGAGGGUAAGGUGCGGCUCAUCCAAGCAUGGAGAAUGCUUGGCGGCUUUGAGCAAGCAGGCCAGGCAUACUUGGAAUACGUCAACCACUCUAAUGCGUUCAAGGAGGUCAAGGAGAAGGAGUCCCUUCUAGCUUGUCUCACAGACUUCUUCACAGAGCUUGGUAUCCUCAAAAUUGCCAGGCAAUUAAAUGAGAGACUUUUGAGUACAUUGGAGGACCUUCAUGCUAGAAAUGACGUGUGUCAUGUGACACAUCACGUGAGAUAUGAGACCAAGAGGACAAGUAGACAUCGUGACGUCAUUGAGAACUUGCUUGAGUUGGGUAUCGUGUGUCAGAAGUUAGCAGACUACACUGCCGCCGCUGCCUACUUCGAGGACGCCCUCACAAGGCUUUCUCACCCUGACUCCGUUGACCAACGGCUCCAGAUGGUCAAGGCGCUUACUGGUCUCGGCCAAGUGUAUGGUGUGACAUCACAACCCUUUGAAGCUCACCGGUUCUUCUUAAAGGCCAUUGAGGUGUGCAACCAGGUUGUACCGGUGAACCAUCACUAUGUUGCAACCCUGAACGGACUGACUGGAGAGUUAUAUCAGAAGCAAGGCAGAGCGACAGAGGCCUUGCAAUAUCAUAUUCUCGACAUUGUAGAGACACAACGCACUGCGGGGCUGGGGAAACCAAGAGUGGCGACCAUCUUGAAUAACAUUGGCUUGGCUCUGAUGGAGCUAGAUCCAACUAUAGAGGACGCCCUACCAUUUUUUGUUGAGGCCUUGGCGAUACUCAUUGAUGCAUAUGGACCUGUACACGUCGACGUCGCAUCUGUCAGAAUCAACCUCGCAGCCUACUUCUUCAAUGCUAAGCUGUACAAGUAUUCCCUCUACCAGUACAAGAGAGCUUUCGAGGUCUUCAAGGUUUAUCUCGGUCCCCUUCAUCCGAAAUCACAGGAGGCUCGGCAAGGCCAAAAAGAGCUGAGACCAUUCACUUUGGUGCAAUGAACAUCUUUCCACGUUGACGUCAGAGACGUUGUUGCAUUUAAAUUGACAAUGGGACGUUUUUAUAAAGUUGUACCAGAGACGUUACAGUUAUUCAUUGAAUGCACGUUUUGUUUUACCUCUGAUGUUUUUCGAAUGAAUUUGAAUUAAUAUCGGACAAACUGAAACAAGACAAUACUAUAAAAGGAGGCAGGCGCGUAUGCAGGAGGGG